UGUCUGCAGGAGGAAGAGCCCAAAUUCCCCACCGUGGUUCCGGUCCGAGACUUUGACCCGGACCGGGACGCUGCCCGGAUAGAGACGGCCAUCAAGACCAAAGGCGUGGAUGAACAGACCAUCAUCGACAUCCUGACCCGGCGGAGCGCCGAGCAGCGCCGAGAGAUCGCCUUCGAGUACGAGCGCAUCGCCAAGAAGGACCUGAGUGUGGCCCUGAAGGGGGCGCUGUCCGGCGCUCUGGAGGCUCUGCUGCUGGGUCUGAUGAAGACCACCGCCCAGUAUGACGCCUCGGAGCUCAAAGCCUCCAUGAAGGGCCUGGGGACCGACGAGGAGACGCUGAUCGAACUGGUCUGCUCCAGGAACAACGGAGAGCUGGCGGAGAUCAAGAAGGCUUACAGAGAGAUGUUUAAGAAGGAGCUGGAGAAGGACAUCUCAGGAGACACAUCGGGAAAUUUUGCCAAGCUGUUACUGGCUUUGGUCCAGACCAAAAGAGACGAGCCGAGCAACGUGGUGGACUACCAGAAGAUUGACGACGACGCCAGAGCUCUGUACGAGGCCGGGGUGAAGAGGAAGGGGACGGACGUGGGCUGCUGGAUCUCCAUCAUGUCCGAGAGGAGCAUCCCUCACCUGCAGAAAGUGUUUGAGCGCUAUAAGAGCUACAGUCCGUACGACAUGAAGGACAUCAGGAAGGAGGUGAAGGGAGAACUGGAGAAGUCCUUCCUCACUCUGGUGGAGUGUUUCGAGAACCGGCAGCUGUACUUUGCCAACAAACUCUAUGAAGCCAUGAAGAGUAAAGGAGCCAAGGAGAAGGUGGUGACCCGGAUCCUGGUGUCUCGCUGCGAAGUGGACCUGAUGAGGAUCAGAACCGAGUUCAAGAGGCAGCACAAGAAGUCUCUGUACCAGACCAUCGCUGAACACACCAAAGGAGACUACCAGAAGGCUCUGCUGAGUCUGUGUGGAGGAGACGACUGAAAGGACCGCGUUUCCCAGCAGGCACCGGGGCGCAGCCGCUCAUCUGAACUGUUGACCUUUGAUUAGGUUUCUGCAAUAAAAAAGUGUGAAAAGCUGUU